AGCAUAAGGCAACCAUAUCAAAAUCUUGAUUGCAAGAAAUCCAAAAAAAAAGAAACAUCCAAGCAGGAGGAGAAAAAAUCCUCUAGUAACCCCCUGGAGCCAGAGAGAUUCCAUGAGUUGCAAAACAAAGACUACUCCAUCCAACCCACAAAAUAUCUACCACCCAAACCAAAUUCCCCUUCACCCAAUUUAAUCCCCCAUCCAUUGCAGAAGAUGACGGGUGCCAGGCUUUGCGCUACUAAAAGCCUCGCCCAAACGACGACUAAACCGUAACCGCUGCAACAAAUUUUUAUUAGCUGCGUCAUCUCGGUGCCGCCGGCGGGCAAUGGAGGAGGACCAGGUGGCAUCGCCGUUCUCUUUUGUCGGCGCCACCGGCGGCAACACCGGAAGCGCCGCCGUCGAUGGUGAUGGGUGGGAGCCGGUGCCUCCCCCCGCGCGCCCGCCUGCGGCGGAGGAGAACGGCAGGGGUUGGGAGGUGGUUGCCGUUGGCGCCGCCUCCUCCGCUGCCUACGACGACUGCUCCGUCUUCCCACCCAGCCUCCACGAAGGCCUCCACCUCCUGCCCGAUCCCGACCUCAAUCCCACGGUAGUUCUUCCCCAGCACCACGGCGAAGCGGUCGGAGGUCUCGGCGAGUCCUCAUCUCCCCCGCCGAGGCGCGAAGAGAAUGGGGAAGGGGAGGAGAUGCCGGAGAUGCGACGGUGGAUGUCAGAUUCGGCCAGGCGUUUGAUUGGUUCGGGCUUGGAGGCGAUCCAUUCGAAGAUUUGUCUCUGGAGAGGAGGGGGUUUGGAUUGUGCGAUUGGAGGGGGUGUUUGGUCGGUGGCCGCGUUGGCUGGGUUUGUGGUGGCUUUGAUGUACCUUAGGCGAAGGUAUCGCAGAGAGAAGGAGCUCCUUCUGCUCCUUGUUCAAGAGAAGGACCAG